GACAUGACAAAACAUUGACGCGUUUACUUUUUAAGCAUAUUCUAAAUUGUGUUUUUUGAUUCUGUAGUGGCUGUUUUUGUAUAAUGUUUUGUGGAAUAAUCAAAUAGUUAUUAAACUAUGGCUUCUUCCAAAGAAAGAGACUGUGAAGUAUCUCCAGCGACUUCCACUUCGUCAGUAAAGUCGCACUUCUUCGAGCGAUCUCCAUCAGUAACAUCUACGAAAGAGGACAAAUGGCCGGAACUUUUAAUUUCCAGACCGGAUAACUCCUAUUUCUACAGCUCGAAAACACGAGACCCAGUCGUAAUUGAGCGCAGUAAUCUCGUGAAUAUCUCGAAGCUGAUUGUAAAGGAGCUGAUUGAACAAUCUCUGCGCUAUGGAAGAAUGUUGGACAGUGAUCAUUUGCCAUUGCACCAUUUUUUUAUUGUCCUCGAACACGUUAUGCGUCAUGGAUUAAAACCAAAAAAAGGACUUCUCGGGCCAAAAAAAGAAUUGUGGGAUAUCCUUCAAAUGGUUGAAAAAUAUUCACCAGAAGCGGCGGAUAUUACAGCAAGUAUAAGAGAUUUGCCAACAGUCAAGACAGCUAUGGGCCGCGCAAGAGCUUGGCUGAGGCUGGCCCUCAUGCAGAAGAGGCUAGCAGAUUACCUUAGAAUUCUACUUGAACACCGAGAAGAGACACUCGAGGAGUUCUUUGAACCCCACGCGCUCAUGUUGAACGAAGAAGCCGUCAUUAUCACCGGUUUACUCGUUGGACUAAAUGUCGUCGACUGUAAUUUGUGUGUCAAGGAAGAAGAUUUGGACAGUCAGCAAGGUGUCAUAGAUUUCUCUCUGUACCUGCGCGGCAGCAACUCUUCCAGCGAUUCGUCUGGGAACGGUAACAACGCGAACAAUGAGCCGAAACAACGUCACAUCAACACAAUGCUAGAUCAGAAAAACUAUAUAGAAGAGCUCAAUAGACAUCUCAAUGCCACAGUUGCCAACUUGCAAGCAAAGGUGGAAAGUUUGACCACAACCAACGCUCUUAUGAAGGAGGACUUGGCCAUUGCUAAAAAUACGAUGAUUCAACUUGUCGAGGAAAAUAAUCAACUUAAACACGCUUUGGGUCAGGAUAUAACCAAAGAUACCAGGAUGAAAGUGACGGAAUUACAGUCCGAUGAAGAGGAAAAACGCAGCGUCAAGAGCACUACAUCGGAAAAAUCGAAAAGCGAUAAGGACACCGAUCACGGGAAAAUGCUGGAAGACGAGAAAAGGAAAAAUAUGGAAUUGCAAAAAGAAUUAGAUUUACAGAUAUCACUGAAAGCAGAAAUGGAAGUAGCAAUGAAAUUAUUAGAGAAAGAUAUACACGACAAACAGGACACAAUUAUAUCCUUGAGGAGGCAACUUGAUGAUAUAAAAUUAAUUAACCUAGAAAUGUACAAGAAAUUACAGGAAUGUGAAAGUUCCUUGAAACAUAAAACUGAACUAAUAUCCAAAUUGGAAGCAAAGACUGAAUCAAUGGGCAGCACGAUACAUCAGCUCGAUGAGAAGUUACAGAAUGAUGCUAAAGUUAGGAAGAGUCUGGAAGAAAGCGCCCGUUCUUUAGGACAAAAGGCAGCAGCUGCUGAAACAAGGGCAGUGGCAGCAGAGGGAGAUCUAAAGAUUGAAAGUGAAUGGAGGAUAUCUUUGCAGGAAACAAUGAUAAGAGAUCGCGAUAGGAUAUCUGCUCUUAGUCAAGAGGUUGAAUCGCUGAAAUCUAUUGGGCAGAAAUAUAUAGCACUGCAAGAGGAACAACACGUUCUUAGAACCCAAUACAGCGAAGCCCAGAAGACUCUAGAAGAAGUCGGGGCUACUCUUAGUGAAAAUAAACUUCAGUUGGCAGAACUGUUGGAAAAGGAGGCGAAAUCGUCCACAACUGAAGAGAAUCCCACCUGGACACAUGAUAAAGAUGCUUCCGCUUGCACAUCCUGCGCUAAAGAGUUCACUAUAGCAAGACGGAAACACCAUUGUAGACGAUGCGGUCACAUAUUUUGCGGCGCAUGCAGCGAAAAGACUGUAGCGUUAACAGGAAAUACUAAACCAGUUAGAGUGUGCGACGCGUGUUACGCUGAAGUGAGACUCACGUAGUUAUAAGCAAAUAUUGUGGUACAUACAGCAGCAUAUCAAGCUACCACAAAUGUCUAAUAAAAUAAAAAAACAAUUUUGAAAUUAUCCGUCAUUAUAUUAGGGAUGAUUCGUUUGUCUGUCUGUCGGUUAAAUUAUUAAAGAAUACUAAGCACGUAUUUUUUUAUUUUUUGCGUAAUCAAUAAAUUACGGUGAUACUUUGAGUUGAAAUGUCGUAUGACGUCACACCUUUGUACACUUUCUACAUAGCUGUUACAUAGCGAGCCUCCACUACUCAAUUUUAAUGUCUAUCAUCUAAGCCAUUACUUGUCAUAUUGAAGCAAAAAAAUACGUAUCUAAUAUUUUUCUAUUAUCUGACUGGCGGACUACCCAGGCAUCAUCCCUGAUAACUAUGGAAAUUUGACAUUUAAAUAAUUUGACGUGCUGUUGAUUGUACUUAUAUUAAACUCCCAUAGAACUAGAUCUGCGCCAAAUACUAUUCGUAUGUAUUAGAUAUCUUGUAUAUGUAGAGAAAUAAUAGCACUUUAUUAUUACAGUGUACGUAAUCAAUUUCCACACAUUUGCAUCUAUAAUAGUAUUUUUUAAUGAAAUCAUGAUUCCAAAAAUUUAAGUUCAUGUUAUUCUGUUUUAAAACAGCAACAACCUUAACGUAACUUAGCUCAGCAUUGUCACAUCAUAGAGCUUCAAUGAGAUAAAACCUUUAUUAAUAACUAGCUGUUGUCCCGCGACUGCGCACGCGUAAAUUAUAGCCUAUGUCAACCUCGUAUGAUGUAGCUACCCGGAGGAGAAAGAUUUUUUUGAAUUCGAUCCCGUACUUUAGGAGGCCAUUCGAUGCAAACAAAAUACAAAAAAAAUCAAAUAUUUCCUGUUUAUAAUAUCAGAAUGGAUGAUAAUAAUAUUCUUUAUUGCACAAAUAUAAAACACAUUAC